CGUUAUUAUCCUGCCUAAUCUGACAGUGGCGAAUACAGAGUGAUAUGGGCAACCUCAGACAGGUGGAGGAGACGUCCUUAAGCAGCUGAACCGCACCGUGGUUGGACUUGGGGACUGGGCUGGGCUGCGGGACGAGCGGCGGUGGACGCUGUGCACGCUCGGUGCGCGGAUCCUCCUGCGGCUGCUGGAUUCACAAUAUGAUACCAAACCCAAAACAUGCGUUGGCUUGGCUGAUUCUCCCCAUCCUGCGCCUCCUCACACAUGCUGGACACUUAAACGUGAACGCGGGGAGGACGAGGGAUAGUAGUUGCGAUGGAUAAAUGAGGAAUACGCAUGGACAUUAUUUUUCCCCCUGAGAAUAAUUGUUUAUAAUAACCAUCGCUCGCCUGUUUUGGCAAUGGAGAACCAAGCAGCCGAGCCGCAGAACUAUGAAGAUGUACAGAAAAGCGGGUAUCUCCGCAAGCAUAAAUCAAUGCACCGGCGAUUUUUCGUGCUGAGGGCGGCCUCGGAGCAUGGUCCCGCUCGACUUGAGUACUACGAGAACGAGAAGAAAUUCCGCAGUAAAUCACCUGUGCCCAAAAAAGUCCUGAACCUGGAGACUUGCUUCAACAUAAACAAGCGGGCAGAUUCCAAGAACAAGCACAUGAUAGUGCUUUAUACCCGCAGCGAGAGCUUUGCCAUCGCUGCAGACAGCGAGGAGGUCCAAAAUGAGUGGUACCAAGCAAUGCUGGACCUUCAGGGCAACUGUAAAACCCCUGAAGACUAUGGAAGCAGUGGAGAGUGUAGCUCUCCAUCUCCUGUUCCAACCUUCAAGGAAGUGUGGCAGGUCAAGGUUUGGCCUAAAGGUCUUGGACAUGCCAGGAAUUUAGUAGGCAUCUACCGGCUGUGCCUAACUGACAAGACAGUCAACUUUGUCAAGCUCAACUCUGAUGUGGCCUCUGUAGUGUUGCAGCUGAUGAAUGUCCGAAGAUGUGGUCAUUCAGAGAAUUUUUUCUUCAUUGAGGUGGGGCGCUCAGCUAUUACUGGCCCCGGAGAGUUCUGGAUGCAGGUGGAUGACUCCGUGGUGGCUCAGAACAUGCACGAGACCCUGCUGGAGGCCAUGAAGGCCCUUAGUGAGGAGUUCCGUCAGCGCAGUAAAUCUCAGUCUGUGGGAACAUCAUGUGGAGGUGGUACUGCUUCAAAUCCCAUCAGUGUCCCGAGCCGUCGUCAUCACCCAAAUCUGCCACCGAGCCAGGUGGGCUUCUCGAGACGGGCACGCACGGAGACCCCCGGAACAGGAGGCAGCAGCACGAGCACAUCACCUACAUCGCGCCACGGGUUUCCAAGGGCGCGAACAGCCAGCAUCGGAGCCAGGUCGGAGGAGAGUGGAGCAAGUGCCAAAGGGACGUGGGCCAGCUCCAGCCCAAGUCUCAAUGGAUCCUGCUCAACUACCCCAACUCUGAGACCCAAGCCCACCCGGGCCCCAACCCCUGCUAAGAUUACCCUCAGCCUUGCACGUUACACACCUAACCCUGCUCCUUCCCCUGCGCCGAGUCUGUCCUCCAGCUCUGGUCAUGGCUCAGAGUGUGGACUAGUGGGGGCAGCGGUGGGAGGCAUGACGAUCUGCUCCUACCCUCGUGUAUCACAAAGAGUUUCUGUUUCAGGUUCACCGAGCGACUAUGGAUCCUCAGAUGAGUACGGCUCCAGUCCCGGCGAGCACUCUCUGCUCCUACCAAGCCUGUCAGGACAUCACGUACAUGGAGAAGGCUCCUCUAGCUAUAUCGUCAUGGGACAGCGAGAGAGUCUGCUUGGUUCCCAUCAUCGCUCCAAAGGCAGACGGAUACUGCGGCGUUCAUCCAGUCGUGAAUCAGAGGCAGAACGCAGACUGCUCAGUAAGAGGGCUUCCCUGCCUGUGGCGUCCCACGAGCGGCUGACUCCACAUAGAAAAGAUGAAGAUGAUGAGGACGACAAAGAAUACGCCAUCAUGUCGCAGAGCGCUAACACACAGCGAGCUGAUUUGCACCAUGAUUCAGGCAGACUGAGAGUUGGGGGUGGGCAACUUGUAGGGGAGAAUAGGAAGAGGUCUGACAAAAGCGGGGAAGAAGUGGACAGAGGCGCAGCUGUGGAUAGUGGCUAUAUGUCAAUGUUGCCUGGAGUGACAUCUCCUCCUGUUUCACUUUCUCUCUCAAUAGGUAUUUCUGACUCCGGUACUAAACCCGGGGCAGAUGACGAAUACAUGGCCAUGACCCCCAACAACAGCGUGUCCCCCCCUCAGCAUAUCCGCCAGCCCAGUUCAGAGGGCUACAUGGUCAUGUCUCCCAAUAGCAGCAGCUCCACAGACCUGCAUGGACUAGGCAUGUGGGAUAGCAGGGGCAACAUGGAGAGCCGGGCUGCCAGUGACUACAUGAACAUCUCACCUGUCAGCAGCCGCUCUGCUUGCAGCACACCGCCUUCCCAUCCUGAACAGCACCAACUUCAACCAAAAAUGUUCAACUCCUACUUCUCACUGCCACGAGCUUAUCAACACACUCUCUACACUCGCUUUGAGGAUGACUUGAACAAAGGAGAAGGAAAAAAAGAUGGCAGUGGGCACGAUAGUGCUGGACGGGGAGGAGGAGUUGGAUAUAGCAAGAGAAACAAAAUUGCAAUGGGCGCUGCUGGAAGCUGCCAACUUUCCAUGUCUUCCUCUUCUUUCUCCUCUAGCUCUGCCAGUAGUGAAAGCCUCGAAGACAAGUCCAUAUCAGCGGGGAGAGGGUUAAGUUUAUUAAGAACCGGAGCAGAAUACAAGAGUGCAGGAACAAGCACGAAAGAUGGGCGUCACCACCAAAAACGUGCAUCGAGCAGUAAGAGUCCAAAGCAACAAAGGCGGGGUCGUCCCCUCAGCAUGUCUUCAGACAUUACUAAAGCAAACACGCUGCCCAGGGUUAAAGAAAAUCUGCCGCCAUCAGUGUCUCAGAAUGUUGGUGAGUAUGUCAGUAUUGUCUUCAAGGAAGACAGUAAAUAUGGCGAAGGACGAUGUGCAGGUUCCGAACGUCCUGUGAUCCAUGGAACGCUCCGACCCGUCAAUCAACCGCUCCUCUGCCAUGAUAAUCCUGCUAACCUUCCCCGCAGCUUCUCUGCACCAUUGUCCACCUCUGCUGAGUACGUCAGCAUGGAUUUAGGGAAAUCCUCAACACCAGUGACUCAUGUUAGAUCCACAUUCAGCACCCAACAGGGCCCACCAGCUGUUACCCCCAAGGCCCGACACGAGCACGGCACGUCCUCUCCUCUGGCCGCAGAGGGCAACGUGGGCUACAGAACAAAAAUAAAGACAGCAGCAGCGCUGACAGAAGUCCCGCCUCCAUUUACGGAGAGCAAAGCCUCAGAUCCCAGCACUUCAGCACGACCUGCCAUCCACUCUGGUCAACCCUUACCUGUGGAGCAGGAGACAGGUUUGGGCUUUUCCCCAGUCAAGUCCUUCCAGUCUCCGGAGCGGAGCAGCAGACUGGUCCGAGGUGACCAGCAGGGACGCCUAAGCCACUGCCCAGAGACAUUUAAUUCACCUCCCUCACUACCACGCCACGCAUCCUCUUCUACCUCCCUCUUCCCAGAGGGCAGCCAGGCAGUGGGCCAUCGGCAUGGUUUGGACUGCUCACUGUGGGAGAGCGGGCAGGCUGCUAGUAUGUCUGCCACACCUCCACCUCAAGCCUCCACCUCAUCUGGAGAACAAGGCCUUAAUUAUAUUGACCUUGACUUGGCCAUUAAGGAGAGCCCUCAAGCUGGAGUGGAGCACACCUCUUCUGCCUACAACAUGGGAGGAAGCGCUAUGGGUAGCAGUGCUGGCUCCAGCCUCAACACUUAUGCCAGUAUUGAUUUCUAUAAAUCAGAAGAAUUGAGAGCACACCAGAACAGUAGAAAAGAUGGUCAAGACUGUUGAUCUCCAUCUUCGUCUUGGAUCUCAGAGUGACAGUCCGUCAGGGGACGGGUGGCAGCCCGAUCUGUUGCCACAACAGAACUGUACACUGGAGUCUGAACACUGAAACCCUGGAAAACUCAUCCCCAUCCCGUCUGCUGUUUUCUGUCAACCAAACGUGUGCCAAACACACCACACACACAGACACACACAUACACACACACAUAUACACAACACACAGUCACAGGGUAAAGAAAAAGUUUCUUUUUUUUUUUUUUACCUUGUUUUUAAUAAUAAAAAAACGAACAUCUGAUCAUCAUUUAACUUCAUAUAGAUAAAGGAUGACAGUUAGGUGUGUAAUGGUGUGAGCUCACAGGUGGCCAUUAUGACAUUCAUGGACAGCCUGUUCUUCUUUUUGCCUACUUGAUCUAUAUUAUCAUGUUACUAACGCUCGUAUUUCAAAAACACUUUCAGGGAAUCUCGAAAAAUGUCCUUAUUUGCUUUUAAUUGAUGUUUGAGCCAGUCUAUUGGAAUCUUGUGUCUCAAGAUUUCAAGUGGCAGCUGCUAUAAUGAAGCAAUCUCAGCUGAGUUUUAAUGAGUGUUAAUUAUUGGAUCCUGUGGUUUUUGCCUUUGUAUUACUAUUUAUGCUACACCAUCCUUUGUCCAUGUAAGUUAAAGGAUCAUCAAACUGAGAAGGAAAACGCAGUUUGGCAGAGGGCUCAUACACGUACACACCCUGCCACUGUAAAUGUAUUUGAUUUAUCAUACACAGUUGCAAAAAAAAAAGACUUUACACUUAUUGAUCGCUGGUUUUGUGCUACCGAAGGACUUCAAAAUGUGCUUCUUUCUGGGGUGGUGGAUGGAAUUGGCAACGGAUUUGCGCUAUAGAGAUGAAAACACAGUUUCCUGUCAGUUUUUUGCAGACAAUAGGGAAGUGGUUGUGUGAAAAUCCCACAUAGCUUAUGCAAUCUUUGUGAAAUGCAUUAGAGUGUAAAGUCUGUGUUUUUUCACACAGAAUUCAGCUUUAUCCCCAAAGCUCCACAUGUGCACUCACGCAGGAUAUAUGUUUAUGUAGCCGCAUAAACUUAACAUGUCCCAUCAUGCCAUGUGGUUCGUUUUCAAAAUGUAGCCAUUGUUAAAGCCUAGUGAAAGCUCCUCUGUGGUAUUUUGGGAUAUUUAAUGGAUUUACUUAUACACUAUGUGGUGUUCAGGGUUUGAUAGCAAACUCAUGAUCCCCUUCAUCCUUAUUCCCAAACCUAAGUGACAGUUUAAUAACCUUCAGUAGCUGCAGCUGGCAUAAGAAAAGUAAUUUCACUGGACUCAUAUAUGCUGUAUUUGUUUUACAGCAUAAAUCCAGCAGAAGAAGUCACAUGAAAGCCUUCGCUGUCAUACAGGCAUUUUAUGAAAGUGAUUGAUGUCACAAUUAUACAGAAAAAAACUUACAUAGAUGCUCAAAAAUCAAUUCAUUAACCAUGAAUGAGCGAAACACUUGAUUAAAAUGACCAGAUUGACCUAAUAUUCUUGCUUGUCUGCUUUGGCAUAGAAGAAAAAAUGUCAGACUUAAUUUAAAAACAACAGAUAUACCAAAUUUUGUCCAAAUUAUGAAUAGUCCAUUCUAGCUCUUCUUUAUGUUUAACUGAGAAGAAUCGCUACGUAAGCAGUUAUUACACAUGAACUGAGCACACGCGACAGCUCUCUAAUGAAUCUGAGCGCUCAAGUUAUCCCCCAAUUCCACUUGAUAACCGUACAUUGGCUGAGACUGACACAUGACUGUCAAAUUACACGAUUCAAACGCCACACAGCCAGUUGAAAAUAGUAAGUUAAAUCAAAAUGUAAGCCAUCUUUGUAAUUAGUGUAUAAAAGAAAACAAAAUCAGUAAAUAUCUUAGGAAAAGAAUCAAUUUUGGAGUCCCUAACAGUCCCUUCAUGUUUUUAUGAGGACAGAUCAUACACAAUAUUACAAGGCUGUGUGAAUAAAAAAACAAAGAAUGCAAUGAUUUGCAAUUCUCAUAAACCCAAAUUUUAACUCACAUUAGAAUAUAGGAAAACAAAUAUCAAGUGUUCAAAUGGAGAAAAGGUACAAUUUUAAUUAAAAUAGCAGCUCAUUUCCAAAUGAGCUAAUGUUUUUCAUGAAAUAGUAAAAAAUCUGAUAUAUUUUCUAAGCCUUACUGUGAAUAAAAUUUGGGUUUAUGAGCUUUACAAUUUGUUGAAUCCUAUUUUUAUUUACAUUAUGCAUUUUGAACAAUUGUGUAGCACAAAAUCAUUGGAAACAUCAAAGUGUAAACACUUUUUGCAACUGAGCUGUUAUAACUGUAUAUUAUACUAUAGUGUAUACUAUAGUAUAGAAUAACAGAAACUAUAGUACGUGCUGUACUUUUUCUCAUUUGCAUAACAGUUAACACAAUUCUUAUAUAAAGUAACACAUUACAAUGGUAUACAAAAUAUACAGUAUACAUAUAUUGAUUAAUACUAUUUA